AUGACCAUCGACUGUAUUGUGACUUUUCUUUGUCCUCUUGCAGGAUGUGUCCUCUCUCCACCCGGCUUCCCUCUGCCAGACAAGUCAGACCUCGGCUCCUCGCGCUAUACCAGCAACACCAGCAUCUUCAACAACUACGCCAUGGAGCUGCUGAUUUCCAGCUGUUCUCGCUGUAAGACGUGCGACUGUCUGGUUUACGACGAGGAGAUCAUGGCCGGCUGGACGGCCGACGACUCCAACCUGAAUACCACCUGCCCCUUCUGUGGAAACCCCUUCCUGCCCUUCCUCAACGUGGAGAUCAGGGACAUGCGAGGACCCGGCAGACUUUUCCUGAAGGGCAGCCCAUCGGUGGACGAGGCCAUGACGUCCUCGUACUCGGCCUCCACAGGUCUGGACACCGGGACGUCCACCUUGUCCACACCUUGUCCCACCACAGCUGUCUCGUCUCCGUCGCCGGUGAUCGCUGUGCAGGAGUGUUCAGGAAGAGGUCGAUCGACCAGAGCUCAAGGCAUCACCAUCCCCUCAGAGCGCCGGCAGGGGGCGCUGUCCUCCGGAGCUCCCAUGGCCCGAAGCGUCAGCGCCUUUGGUCCUCUGGAGGAAUCGUCCAGACUCAACCUGUGCGUGCCGACGUCAGGCAGCCUGCCGAGCCGCCUGAACGAAGCCACGGACCCUCUGAACAUGGAGUGGCGGCUCCACAACCCCGAGCCGGUGACGGUUCCGUAUCUGAGCCCGCUGGUUCUGUGGAAGGAGCUGGAGAGUCUGCUGGAGAACGAGGGCGACCCGGUGAUCACGGAGGCCGACAUGGUGGACCACCACCCCAUCAUCUACUGGAACCUGGUGUGGUACUUCAGACGCCUGGACCUGCCCAGCAACCUGCCGGGACUCAUCCUGACCUCAGAGCACUGCAACACGGACUCACAGGUUCCUCGUCACUGGAUGUCCGAGGACAGUAAACACGUUCUGAUCCAGAUCUUGUGGGACAAUCUGAAGCUGCACCAGGAGCCGAUUCAGCCUCUUUACAUCCUCUGGAACACAUACAACGUGGGCUACCCUCUGAGCCGGCCGCUGCCCGAGGAGGAGAAGCCGUUCAGCGAGGAGCUGCUGCAGAGCGUCGUGAAGAGCAUCCAGAGGAACGACGUGAGCCGGCCCAUGGCCCAGCUGCUGCAGCUGCUCGGCCAGACGCUCGGAGUCAAGAGGCAAAGGAGUUUGUACAGAGACAUCCUGUUCCUCUCCCUGGUGGCUCUGGGCAAAGACAACAUCGACAUCGACGCCUUCGAUCGGGAGUACAAGCUGGCGUACGACCGCCUGACGCCCAACCUGGUGAAGCUGACCCACAACUGUGACCGUCCUCCGAGCACCGGAGUCAUGGAGUGCCGCAGGACAUUCGGAGAGCCUUACCUGUGAAGACGCUCGCCGUCGCCUCCAGACCAGCUCAGGAAUCUGUGAAGGUGGAGAAACGAAGGCACAGCUGACCUCCAUCAGCGUCGUGUCGCCUCCACACGGCAGCAAACUGCUUCAGUGUCGACGGACGCUCACCUGGUUUCUCUGGAAGUCUGUGAACUGUAAAUACAAGCGCAGCAGUAGAGGAGUUCCCUUUUCUUUUUUUUAAAUGCAGCAUUUCUAUUGUAUAGUCACACAUUAUAUGAAGACUAAUAUUAGCAAUAUUUUAACUUGAUCUCUAUUUAUACAAAGUCAGCUUUAUUUAUUGUGGCGUCUUCUUGUCCUCGUGCUGUUUUUCCGUCCUGUGGUCGUCUCAGAGUUUUCAAACCGCGACGACCUGAAAGCUCACCGAAAUGUGGGAAAUAAAACCCACGUUGUCAUUCAGUGUCAGAAACAGGAAACAUUCACACGCAGUCGCAGCACAGAACACGGAUCAGUAGCUGUUUGGAGAACUGAAGCCAAAUAUUCACAGGUUUCAGCUCCCAAGUGUGAGGAUUUAGUGAUUUAAUUUAUUUUUACAUUUUGGACUAUUGAAAGGUGAAACAAAGCAAUUGAAGACAUAUUUUGAAAUUAAAGUCAAGAACAGUGUUUGUCUUUUAGAGAAGGAGCACCUCGGACAUAAAAACAUAAAAACAUGAACCUCGUUUCAUAUCAGUUUACAUUCUGUAAAAUUAAGUGAGAAGAAUUAUCUGUUCACACGAGUGAACAAUUUCUGUUGGGAGAAAAAAAAACCUCAUCCCCGCUCUGCUCUCUGCAGUAGAUCAUCAACAACCACCUUGAUUUUGUAGUAAAUCCUCUUUUUUUGUAGUAAAUCCUCUUUUUUUUUUAUCAACACAACAGUACGUUUUGUGGGUUUGUUUACAACGUUUCAUCAUCACGACCUUCUUCACGCUGUGUGUCAGAGCAAACAUCAGUGUUCCAUGAUGGAGGCUGUUUGUUUUACACUUUGUUUUAAAUGUACAAAAAGCUGCUCAAGAGAAAAUCCUGAACCAAAUACCCUGCUGGCCCCCGUUCUGCUCUGUUCACGGCCGCCGUCGGCGCUGAAGCGACAUCAUCAGGUUGUUUAACUCGGCUUUAGGGGAGUUAUGAAAGAAAAGGCCGGCUACUGGAUCUGUCUUGUUUUUAAUAAUAGUUUUGCCGUCUUUUCUGUCAGUAAAUGAUGAUAUGGAACCAAAAGAGAGAGAGAGAAAAAGGAUGAGAAGCAUUAACAACAACAACAACAACCAGACAACAACAACAACAACUAGUCCAGUCAUAGUAUUGAAGCUGCUUUAACUGAAGGGAAAACUCGAAGCCAGAACUCGACUGGUUGGUAAUAAUCAAAUAAAUCACAGUUAUUUAUAAAACUGUAAACCCCAUUUAUUAUUAUUUAUCCAUCUAAAUGCAGCCUCUGAUUUAAACAGCGUAUCUGAAUGAUUCCUUUAGAUGCAGCCUCGUGUUCGGCCUGUUGCAGGACUGAAGGAUUUAAUUGAUCAGUCACUGAUACUAAACUCUGAGUCGGUUUCAUCAGAGCUGCACCUUGAAGUUUCUCCUGUUUUCUGUCUUUUAAACGUCUGCAGACGAACGUUUAGAAGUUCAGUAAAAAGCCACAGAUCAGCAGAGACGCCUCCGUUUUGUGAAAAUGUUGUGAGCUGGUAACAUCAGCCGGCUUCAUGUCCAACAUAUCAAGAAAAACCCAAACAGGAGUUUUCCCUUCAGCACCCACCAUAGAUGAGCACAUAGAGUGAACAUGUGGGACUGAGCUGAAGCCACAGUGGACCGAACUUCAGUCAGUUUAUCAGAACAUAAAGCUGAUGACAUCUCUAAUUAAACCAAACACUCUGAGACACCAGUCGUGUUUCCAUCGACAUUUAAAUCGUCACAAAAAAUCAAAGUAAAUAUGAAUAAAACUUGUUUCCACUGUAAAAAACGGAAGAAGUUGAAACCAGCUGCCAAUGAGACUUGAAGUACCAAAGAUGGGCCGUCUGGGAGAAUCGUUUAGGAAUAGUUUCCAAUCUGGGAAUUACUUGUUUAUAUCUGCUAAUACUGGACUCGUUUCAUGUGUCUGAAGACGAAGACAGAGAAAGAAACAGCUGAUUAUUCACGAGUUCAAAUAGUUCAAUCAGAGUUUCCAUCUCCCGUGAAGUUCAUUCACUUUUAUUUUUGUUUUUAGAAAAAGUCAAAAACGCCUUGAAGCAAAUGUAGGUUUUUGCAAAAUUUUAAAAGUUUUUCGCAACUGUUGCUGUCUGAGAACUUUUUGUGAUGCGACACAAACAUAACGUGCACAUAGAAGUCGGUAAAGGAAACAUGCUGAUGGAAACGACACUGAGAACUAUGAAGGAGGUCCGAUACUGAACUAGAAUGUUCUGAGGCCUGUCACACGAAAACGAUUUGAUUUUCUCAGAGAAAUAUGUGUAAAAAAAUAAGUUGACACUGUUAAAGGAGACAAAAAUCGGUUCUAAGAAAGUAAAAGUUUGAUUAAAGCUGCAGUUUGAGGCUCUGAUGGAAAAUAAAUACAAACUUCCAAUAAGAAAAAUACAGAAAUAUGCCAACGAAAGACAAAAGGGACUCAGAGAUUCAUCAUUUCACCUGCAGCUGUCGACAUACUGACGUUCAUACUGAUGUGUUCCCACGUUUUAAAAUGCAGUGACGUGUUUAAUUUGGGACAUUCUGGAUGAAACUCAUUUUAUUUUUCCAUUAAACAUAUUAGUUUUUGGGUUGUUUACGUUUUAAAGACUGUUGGGGGGGAAACCAAACGGCCUGGACAGAACUGGAUCCAGCAGGACGCAGCGUGUCUCACAUGGACAUUAAUCAGUAAACGAGUGAGCGGUUGACGGAGGACCUCCGAGUCUGAACCAUAGACUGUAUAAAAGAUGGACGUAGCAACCGGCCCU